GCUCAGGGUGGACCGUGCGUCGGCGUUUGACGCUCAGGAAGUGGACUAAACCACCAAAAGAUUCCCGCAGAUUCGAUACCGAUUGUCCCCCAAUGUUUCAAACGUGUUCACACUGACCUUAAACAUCUGUUUAAACCCUUUAUGGUGGGCUAUUUGAGAGGAUAAUGCUGGAUGGUUGCACUCAUGAAAUUCACCAGAGAUAUAUGCAGGCUGUUGGGACUCGGGAGCGGCCCCCCUGUCCAGCAGCAGGAGGAGCAGAUGGACUGCGGUGCCGCAAGUGACCCAAGAGAUGAUGCCAUUUUGUCACAGGAUGCAUUAAAUGGAGAAGAGGAUCUGAGUGAAGAGGAGAAGGCCAGACGGAGGGCAGAGCGACGCAAAGCCAAGAGGAAGCAACGUCGAAAACGUAAGAAGCAGGAGCAGGUUAAGCAAAAUGAGAGUACUGAACGGGAUGAUGAAGAUGAAGAUGGAGGUGCAGAGUCUGAACUGGAUGAGAGCGAGUCAGAAGCGGAAGUCGGUGCUGAGGAGGAGAAAAAUGAGGCAAAGUAUGACGCCAUUCCAGUCAUGGCUCCUUCAGGACAACAGAAGACCCAGGACAGACCCGCUGAAGAGGAGCCAGAGUGGGAUGUGAGCAGUGCCUUCUUUGCUAAUGCUGCUAGCCAUAUCAAACCCAAAGGAUCGAGUCGCAAGUCCAAAGAAAACAAGGAGAACGAGGCCAGGAGAGAGACAAAUGGAACUGACACUAUGACCAAGAAAAGCGCGUCACUGACUGCAGAAAAAGGCAUAAAGCUGGUGCAGGAGGGGCAGUACGCACAAGCUGUCAGUAUGUUUACAGAAGCCAUCAAAUGUGAUCCAAAGGAUUACAGGUUCUUUGGGAAUCGUUCCUACUGCUAUUACUGCUUGGAGCAGCACCCUCAGGCCCUGGCAGAUGCUGAACGCUCCAUUCAGCUGGCCCCGGACUGGCCCAAAGGACACUUCCGCAAGGGCAGUGCUCUCAUGGGCAUGAAGCGAUACAGUGAGGCAGAGAGGGCCAUGGAGCAGGUGCUGAAACUCGACAAAGACUGUGAGGAGGCAGUCAAUGACCUCUUUAACUGCAAAGUGCUCCAGUUAAUGGAGCUUGGUAUUGAUGAAGUGCAAAGUGUCCUACUGCUGGAGAAAUUUUCAACUGUGCAGGCUGUUCUGGCAUCUUGUUCUGAUGCUUCCAGGGCUGGGUGCCAAGAUCCAUCAGUUGUGCAACCAGGAAGCCCUUGCCCGUCUCUGUGGGUGGGAAAUGUGACCACUGAGCUAACUGAGAAACACCUAUGGGACCUUUUUAAAAUGUACGGUGAGAUUGAGAGUAUCCGCGUUCUGCACGAGAGAUUCUGUGCCUUUGUCAACUUCAAGAAUGCAAACAUGGCAGCUCGUGCCAUGGAGAAACUGAACGGUUAUUGUAUUGAGAACACACGUUUAGUGGUGCGCUAUCCUGACCGUCGCACUCAGAGGGUCCUCCCAAUUCCACUCAAGACCUGUCUCCCUGUCACACAGCAGGCAGGAGCAGCUGUUGGACCUCGACGACGCGGCCCAGUGAACGAAGACGAGUGUUACUUCUGGAGAACCACCGGCUGCCAUUUCGGGGACAAGUGUCGCUACAAACACAUUCCUGAUCAGAAAGGCAAGGACAGGAAGCCAUGGCAGCCUUGAACUCCGUUUACUCUCUGCCUCAGUAGUGUGCAGGGAACUGGGAUGCACAGACUGAGCCAAAGGAGCCGGUACUUACUGGACCAGGUUCUCUGGGCUGAAAAUAUUCACUGUAGCAGAAUGGACCAGAAUAGUCAAAGGAUCCGAGUCAGCACUCAGGCUCUGAGGCAGGGGUAGUCACACAUGUGCCACAAAGGACUGGGAGCAUGAAGGUUGUCAUUUCAACUAAAGACUCAAUGAUAUUGCUCAAUAGUACAUUAACCAGAGGGGAGCAACAACAUCACCUGGUGUAGUCUUUGUUUUGAAUGAAAACCUUCACAUUUGCAGCCCUUCAUGUCACAUGGUGAUCUAUUCCAGCUCUAACGGAUACAACCUAACCUCACAGGCAUACAACAUAAGGAGGAAGUGAAACUGCCUUGGUACACUAUGGGGGGGAAAAGUAAUGGCUCUGUCAUGUACCUCAGUAAUGAAAGGCUUGGUAUGGAUUUUUCUGGCCAAGGUUGUUCAGUGAUGAUCCUGUCGACCUUCCUUUAGAAAUUCCAUCACAAAUCAGUGUUCCUCCCUAUUUUUAAAGUACAUUAACUCGGCCAAUACUUUAAGUUGCAGUUUGUGAACCUGACUUUUAACAGUUUAAGGUUUAUCCACGGUCCACAACUGCUCACAUCAGUCUGCGGUUCAGUCUGGGGCUGCAUUUCCCACUCGUUGUUCAUGUUCCAAUAUCAACACAUUGUUCCCGCCAGACCAAAGACUCACCAACAGAUGUACCUGGCAUUUCAGUACCUCCCCUAUGCAGAUGAGGUCCUCUAGUCAACAAGCUACAGUGGCCCACAGAGAUGCCUUUAUACUGUGUCAUGAAGCCUCAGUUAAGAUGAUCAUACAUAAGAACCACCAAUUUGUCUGGAGGGAUUUCAAAUUGUACGCAUUAACGCACAGAUUAGGUGUAUAUUUCACUCUCUUUAUUGGCUGCCCUUUUGUUGAAAGAUGGAAUUCACACACUGCAAGUUAUGGAGGACUCGUUGUCCUUCGUGACCAUACUUGUACGGCAUGGAAGAAGUAAUAGAAACACCCAACCUGCUUUAUGUCUAUGCAAAAGAAAAGUGCCGACUCUGUGUCAGACAUGCAAACACCUACUUUAAUGUCUGUGACAUGGCAAUGUCAUUGAUGAACAAGUACAUACUACAGGACAGUGCCUUACAAAAGAGUCAUGUUCAGUCAUGUGCCCACACGUGUAACAUGUGUAACAUGAUUCACUCAGUGUUUUUGACCUAAGGUCCUCCAUUUCAGUAUUUCAGUGAACCAAAGAAUGCUUCAUCUGAUGGCUCUGCACUGAAAACAGCCUCAUUCUUGAAUGAGUUUCAACACUAGACAAUGCAUUAAAACCCAUUAGCAUGUGUCUGUAUCAUCCACUAGAUUACGAUUACAGCUACAGCACCUGGUUCAAGUCCACACUACGUUCACUAGUAAACUAUGCACGGCAUAGAGAGAGUAUUUAUUUCCCUAUUUAUACCAAAGUGUUUUUUUCUGUUUCUCUUUUUUACAAUGUAACUUGGGAGCUGAAUGCAGCUUUUCAUUUAUUGGCCUUUUCUAAAAGUCCCUCUUCUGUUUCUUUCCUGCUUUAAGAGACAAGCAUUAGUAAGAACCAUUCGGUGCAAACACGGUCACACGCUGCACUUCUGCUUUUCUCGUAUUUACUUUCCGUCUUGUGGCUAACACUUGUGAAAAAGGAAUUGGACACCAAACCUUUUAAGACUGCACUUGUUAAUUUAACAAACUCGCUCUCUUUUGUGACUAGUGCUGUUAACUAUGGUUAAUUUUGCCGACUAAUAAAAUGCAUUGGAUGUUAUCAUAGCAUAUUUUGAUUUCAUCUUAUGGACAUUUCAAAUUUGGACAAACGAUUUCCCUGGGUUUAAUUUGAGUUAUUUGGUAUGUUUUUAGUCUUUUUACCUUGUUUGAAACUAUUUCAGGAAAAUGCAUUUUUAAUUAUGAUGUACACGUUGAUAACCAGAGCACUGCAAUCCUGUUAAUCUUCCAAAUACUUUGUAUUAUCGUUACUGCACUGCAAAAAAAGAGUCUUUUAUAUUUAAUAAAUGUAUUUGAACCACCUA